CAACACGACUUUUUCUUUCGAUAGUAGGCAGCGUCUCCUCGUCCUCAAGCACACGUCUCUUUUGUGCAAUAUCAUUCCAAAGACCUAUAUCGAUCCUUGAAAAAACUAAAACAGCGCCUCAAUUAAACAAACCCACACGGUUUCUUGUAUAUUCCCAGGAGAUCAUAGUUCUUUCACGACGUGUACAUUGAUUAUUUCACAGCCAAGCGGAUUAUGAAUAUUCAAAUUUCAGAUUACACUUCGUCCUUAAGUAGACCUUUUGACACGGCGUAGCGGCACAGUUCUGCCUAAAGCCAUCGAUGAGGAAAGCCCCGGUGCCCUCCGGCGGCAGCGGUGGGGAUCCUGCCCGGAGUAAGCAAGCCCCGCCCUCAACCAACCGUUUCUCCGCCUCUUCGCGCCGUUUCAAGGCCGCAGCGAAAACGGCUUCCCUCGCCCGGUCUAACACUAGUCGCGAUAUUGACCUGACCAACACCGGCCACGCGGUGGGCCGGAGUACUUUAGUAGGUUUUGAGGCGAAACUUCUACCCCCAGCGGGCACUUUCACUGGAGGAGAGGCAAUCAGUGACAGCGAGGAGAGUAACGUGCUGCCGGGUGUUGGUAAAGGAGAAACGAGGCAGAAAACGAAUAAAACGCUACUUCUGCCACAUCGGGAAAUGAACCGACACUCCCCGAGAAAUGUAGGUGUUUCGGACAACGAGAGCGGAGGUUCUGACAAUAGAUCUGCGGGGAUCGGCAGUCCACGGGGAGUUUUGAACAAAUCAGACACGGAGCCACUACAGAGUGGUGUUCCAGUCGUGAUCACGAGGAAAGCUGCGGGCCGACAGCCUGGUGGUUAUCCUCCUGCUACCGCCGCCGCGAAAGAAGAUCGAGCUGUGAGCUCGUCUGAAUCCAGUGCGGCCCCCGCCGCGCCAGGAAGCGGAAAUACACCGCGGAGAGGUGGACCUGCGUCGCAGCAACAGCAACCGCAAAUGGGGAUCCCAAAAAUCCGGAUAGAAGACACUUCGGUGGUCAACAAGAGCACUUAUAAGCAAGGAGCGGCUGCGGCCCCUACUGCUGCUACAACUAGCAGCGCAGAAGUUCCUAGCAAAGCAUCAACGACUUCUACUCCCAGAGGAGGUGUGCUAGGUACAACUACGAAUACGAACAAGCCUAAACCCGGUACCAGUACUGGUCCCCCACAGCGCCUGCAAACCGCGGACGCCUUUUCGGGUAAAGCCGCCGCGGCUUUGGUGGGGAAAAAAGACAAAAGUCCGGCGGAUCGAAGGAAAGCGGCGGCGGGAGGUGGGACAAGUAGUGGUAGUUCUACUUUGACGGUUCCAAAAGCGCAACAACCGAAGCCGGCGGCGAUAGUGAAACGGGCAGAUACAGAUUCGAAAGCAUCAGGUUCUGGUUCGAAAACAACUUUGCCUGUAAAUAAGAGUGGCGCGACAGCACAAAAAGAAACCAAAAAUAGUAGCCUGCUUCCACCGGCGAAGGCACAGGCUGGCGUGCCGAAUAAAACGAGUGCCUCGGCCGGCGGGCCUGUUGCUGCUCCAAAAAUGACCACAGUCGAGUCUCCUUCUAACGCAACCGCGACUUCAAAAUCCCCGGUCGCUGCCGCCGCGAAUUUGCCGGCUUCAAGGACCAGAGCAAUUUCGCGUGAAGCGAGAGCUGCAGCUUCAUCCCCAUCUGCGUCGAAGGAGGCGACGGUUGCCCCACCUGCAUCUUCAUCACAGAUGGUCCCAGAAGAUAGUGCAGGUGAUGUUGUUGAAAAUGAGGCUCCUGCACAACAAGACGAGGAUCCCGCUCCAGUCGUCACCCUGGACCAACAGUCCUAUGCCGCUGCCAUGGGUGACGCAGAGGAGCCGUACUUUGUGCCCAUGAUGUCCUCGGAGAAACCAGAUCUGGUCGAAAAGGGAAAGUUUUUGGUUCUAUCCGGCAGAACUAUCGUGAACCACAUGGGAGUAUCAAAUGCAAAAAUGUCUGGGUCUGGAAGAUUCUGAGAUUUGUCAUGCAUGUUUUGCAUGACCCAGGAUGUCUGUAAUGCACGGCCGCGCAUCACAGAUUUUGAGAGGGCUUCCUGAUGCCUACUCCGCAUGGCAAACGCCCUCCCCGCGUGGCACAAACUAGACUCCUCUUGCUGGUCAUGCAAUACAGAUUUUUCUAGAGUCCAAAGUUAGCAUCACAAGAAGUUUCAAUCUUCCAGACCCAGACAUUUUUACAUUUGAUAGGGAGACGUUUUCGACAUGCAGCACCACUUCGACAGAGACGACUUUCUAUAUGAGAGUGCACAACUCCCCCUCUCCCUCAUUUGUCAUGCAAAAUUUCAAAUCCACCCUUUGCCUGUUAGCACUGUUUCUUGCAUGACAGAUUCCGGAAUCCAAAACAGCACUACAGUCCUCUAGGAAUUUGCCAUGCAAAAGCUGCAUCUUUGCCAGCGCUUGUGUUGCUGUUCAUGCAACACAAAUGAGGGGGAGCAGGGGGAGUUCACUCUCAUACUUUGCUCGAAAAAGUGAAGAACCAGGAGCGGGCGAGGCAAGCGAAAAAGGAGUUGAAGGAUUUGCAGAAGCAACUUUUAGUCGCGACCACACGCGAGGGGGAGGACGGCCAGUCGAAAAUUGUCUUUAUCGCGAACAACGUGAACGCCGAGCAGAUCCAGUCGGAUGAAUCCGUGGAACCGGUGUUGGAAGUGGAUGUGGUGGGGAAAAAUUACACCAGAGAACCGUUUUACUCCAAUUCCAAAUCGAGUACCGGUCAGGGCGGCGGGGGCUCGAAGGGGUCGGUGAGAUCGGGUGAUUUCGGGAUGAUGAACCACACGAGAGGGGGAUAUCAAGAUGCGGGACUUACUGCUUCUGAAGACGCAACAGCAACAGCAGCAGCUCCGCAACAGAAAUCCUAUCUCCCCGCCCACCUAACGGCGAAGCAGGAGGUGCAGAAUCUUUUCCGGAAUAACAAGGAAUCGAAGAAAGAGCAGGAAAUAUUGAAGCACCAUAGAGAACAAGAUAAAAUGGCUCUACAAACAAGCAACCUGCUCAACUAUCCCUCGGAUUACGCGGAUUCUGAUGAAUCCGAGUCUAACGUCCCGCACCACUUCCUCAUUGACGACCGUCUUGCGGUCCAGGAACAACGGAAUUCCAUUCCGGGCCCGAUCGGCUGGCAGAAGAAAAAAUCGAUAGUCGACGCCGGGAAAUUAUCGCGAGUGGAAUUAGCACAGAGGAUCGCGACGGGCAGUUUCGAGACAAAUUUGGACACCAGUGCGUUAUUGGGGACGAUUGAUAGGAGGUAUCGGAUCGAUGAGAACUACGAUUCCAGGAACCAUCUUAUGCAGGAAGAUUUCGCAAGCCAAACUCCUGGCGGAACGACUGCGACAUCCAGUUCUGCGCAGGCCGGCCAUGCAGCUCUGGUUGGUGCGCCGAUAGGGAUGAUCAAACUUCCCUCUUCUUCUAAAAACGCGAUGCAACAGUUCCAAUUGCCGCAGUAUGAACAACCGUCGCGACAAGUAGCCGACUUUCAACCGGAGAUCAUCGACAUUGAUUUAAUUUUGAAGAUGUUUCCACCGGUGAAGCUGCAGAACAGGGCACCGCCGCUGGGGGAGACCCUGGCCUUUGGCACGGGGGAAGGACACGGGCAGAAUCAAGUAUCAACUGCAGGCGGAGGUGCGAAUUUUAAAGCAGGCAAAGGGGGCUCAUCUUCUUCCACUCUAGCGAAGAAGCUGCAGAUCCCGCGCGGUGCGAUCCAAGCGGACGAGAACCUGCUAAGGAAAUACGGGGUCGAGAAGGAGGAUUUGGUUUUCUGGAAUCGCGCCGGGUUGUCCACUUCGAAGGAACGGUAUCUGAACGUCAAGCCAGUCGUUCCGGGAGUUGGUGCCGUCGGCUCCGCGGCCUUAACAACAGAAGUUAUCCCUUCUAACGUCGAACAACUGUUGCCCCCAUCCGGGAUUCAAAUGAGGACGACCCAGCCACCGCCAGUUUUUCCGCAUCAGUUCCAGGCGAACAACAAGUCUGACCGGGAGCAAAUUGUGAGCACUAUCAUGCAGAACAACCGGCAGAAAAGAACUCCGUCUUCGAAAAGAACAACCUUUUCCGAGGCACCCACCAGUCGGAAAACCAGCUAUUUGUCAACCGUUGUGCAGCAGCAACCUGGAGGCAUGAUGGGGACUCUGCAUGACAAAGACAACUCAACUACAUCUCGUUUCGACGUCCGGGACGUUUCGUUUAAACGGUAUCAAUAUCAAAUGCAAAUAUUUCUGGGUCUGGAAACUUGUGAUGCUGUUUGGCGAAUCAUGUGGACGCCUUCAUUGACAGCCAAGCAUGACAAGUUUUGGAGUUGCGAUAGGCUUGCCUAUCUGCAUGACAAACUGCGUUUCUGCAUGACAGAGAAAAAAUGUUGCUUUUGGGUGGCGUGCAUGACAGACUUGAAAGUCAUGCCAGCCGUGCAUGACAAACUUGCAUUAUUCCAGACCCAGACAUAUUUGCAUUGGAUAACCAAAAGGCCUUUAACCCCCAAGCGUUUUUUGAGAAUCCGAACGAAGACGCAAUUUUCUUCAAGAGGGGGUCGAAAUUGGAAGAAGCGGAGAAAAAACUGGAGCAGCAAAUGCGGAGCCCGAGAAGUGGUCGGUAUGUGGUCAAGGUGUUUGAGAAUCAGUUGGGGGACCCAAUUAUGCAAUGCAAAAGCAUCGUGCUAGUAUAAACUGCAUCACAAAUUUCGGCAAGAGCAGAAGUGGCAUUUGUAAUGCUGUUUUAGGUUUAGCAAGGGAUUUGUCAUGCAUGAAUGCAAUUUAUACGAGUACGAUACUUUUGCAAUGCAUACCAAUUAUGUCUUCAGUUCCGAAUACGGCGCGAGAGAUGGUCAGGGCGACUCUAUCGCAGGAAAAAAGUGUUAGAGUUACACAUUGUGUUGCACGCCAAGCAAGACAGACAAGCUCUGUCAUGCCGGAUAUGCAUAGCAGCCUCGUUUCAUAGGUGUUUUCCCGUAGGAUUUCUGCAUUGCAAGUUUUCUUUCUCAUGCAGAGCAAUUUGUGUUGCUGCAUUGAAACACAAAUGUGUAACUGUAACACUUUUUUCUUACGAUAGACUCCAAGGGAGGACGACUACUACAGUGGGGGAGAGGAAAAUCAAAAUGAAAAUCCCGCUGAUCAUGCAGAAGAAGAACUGCAGCAGAUGUCCGUCACAGUAACUAAGAAUACAUCGAAGAAAGACAAAAAAUCUGUACCAAAGAAAGCAAAAAAGCAGAAAAAAGAACGGCCUUCCGAACUGGCGAAACAGGCGGAGCAGCACCACCAUUUAUUAGAGCCCAGCAGCAUCACCGCGGCGGAAACGAGAAUGAAGCUGCAGGCGAAGUUGAGGCAAACAAGCGAAGAGUAUUUCGACAAGUGGGGCUUAAAAUUUGACACGGAACAUGAGGAAAAGUUACCGGAAAUUGUGGUCGAAUAUGAGGAACAGCUAUCCACAGUAAAUUUCAUCCCGUACUUACACGUACUUACAAAUGGAUGCGGUCUCUGCAUGACAAAAUUUGGCUCCGAAGAUCCUAGUUCAGCAUGACAAGAAAAUUGGUAAAAUCUGUGAUGCAUUUUGUGCAUGUACGGGAAUAAAUUUGUAUUGCAUAACAGCAUGAGGAAGAGUUCAAGGACCACCAGCAAAACCGGGAUAAGAACCGCCAGGCGACGAAUGUCCGGGCGCUACUUGCUGCGGCGAAAAAGGAAUACGGCGAUAAGUUUCACGGGGAGAAAAAGCACGAAAUUUUUCCGGCGUUUGUACCUGCGUACGAGGAAGAUCAGUCAUCCAACAGCACGUCGAGGGAAGAAUCAGGAGAAAAUAGGACUUCGUCAAAGUCCACCCUUUUGGAGAAGAAAAAAAAAGACGAGGCGGUGAUGCAGAAGACUUCUAUCGAGGCAAAUUUUAUCCGGUCGAAGCUGAAAGAGAAGUUUCGGAAUGCGGAGAAAUACUUGGCGGCGACUAGUAGUAGUGCGGUUUCAAGUAGUAGCAGUUCAAGUUCGUCUGAGGAGGCUGAGGAACAAGCACAGCAAGGUGCUUCUGCACAACAAGCUCCGCCUGUAGUUGUAGCUUCGGCACAACGACCUCCGCCUGCGGAGUCAGCGCCAGCCGUGCCUUCUUUGCCCGAGCGGCUGGUCAUCACAGCGGGGGGUAAUACUAGUGCACCACCUCCACCGCCGAUUUUUACCUCGGAAGCAUCAAAAGGCGGUAAAGGUGGAAAGUCAACAAAUACCAUGUCAACUACUACGACAAGCGGUUCGGGUAAAAAUUCCACCAUUCCGGCCGCAAUCCUCGGCAUGUCUUCUGGUUCCCCCCGCGCGCCGCCCCCACCCGCGCAGGCCUUCUUCCAAGCACCCGCAGCGCCGUUUACGUUAGGAAACGUUCCCUCCGGCGGCGCGUUUUCCUACGCGGGACUGUCGAGCAUCCCCUCCGCGCCAAUGUCUGCGCCGUCCGGGGGACCACCAAGCGCACCACUAUCCGCACCGUUAUCCGGACCGCCCUCCGGGCCGGGAUCGGGGCCGCCGAGCAGUGCGCCGGAAGGAGAUCAUUAUACUGGAGCGGGAAGCGACAGGGGUGGCGGGAGGAUAUUUCAAGUUUGAGUUUUUGGAGUAAUCAACACAGUCACGUUUUCUUUUAUCAUUUAGUACUUACUUACGAGUUCUUUCUGAAGUUUUACAUACAUUUUUUUGUUUUCGCAGCUACAGUGUAAGAUACAGCUUUUGCGGAUGCGGUUAUAUCAAAUAGUUUGUUUACGUACCUUUCAAAACAAAGCAUACCCACCCACCUAUAACAAGUACCAGUACAACACAACAUGCCUAGCCGAUGUACAUCAGUGCGAUACUGCAGAAGUGCCAGCAGUCUAAGAGCAGACGCGAGGAAUUUUGCGUAAGACACAGAGCAGAAGCCCUGCUCCCAGUUAGCUGCCGGCUGCUUGUCGAAGAUACAUAACGCGCGUCUAACCCGAAGUAGACUCCUAAAAAGUUGUAGUCGAGGCUCGCCUCUAGUAUGACAACAAGUAGAUGAAAAGCACGCAAGAGCGGUAGCGCUUGUUCAGAUCAAAUAUUCCGUACUUUUUUUCACGUUGAUGCAGCGAGGCAGGAAAUGAAAACACAAGCAGCUCCAGCUGCAGAAUUU